AUGAUCUUGUGGCGGGCUUUGAGAUUGGAGAAUGCUGACGUGGCACUGGAGCCACCAGUGCUGAUAUGGCCCGCAACAACCACCACUAGCCAGCAACCACAAGUCAUCAAUUUAAACCAAACUAAACCAAGCCAAAAUAAAAUUCUUGCUAUCCACGCUCAUCUAAGAACGUCCAACGGUUUCAUCCUUCUUAGGAAUCAAGGGACGCAGUCGGCGUCGGAGGACGUGUCGUUUUCGUGGAGCGGGCCGGGGUCGGAGGUGCUUCUAACGGGCGACUUCCUCAACUGGGAGGUCAAGAUCCCGCUCGUCAAGCUGCCCAACGGCACCUUCUCCGCGCGCCAGAAGCUGCCGCCCGGGCGGUACGCGUACAAGUUCAUAGUGGAUGGCGUGUGGCAGCACUCGCCCGCUGAUGCCACCAUCUCCGACGGCGCUGGGGGCUUCAAUAACACGCUCGUCAUUGAAGAUCCCAACAAGAACAAGCCCGAGCCUGCGCCAGAAGCACCCGCCGCCCCUGCCGCUGCCCCAGCUGCUGCUGCCCCGGCGCCCAAGGCAGAGGGGGCGCCAGCGGGGAAGAAGGUGGUGGGGAAGGCAGUGGGGAAGGCGGUGGGCAAGAAGGUGGUGGCGAAGGCCAUCGGGCUGGCGAUGAGUGAAGACGUGAUUCCCGCGCUGCUGGCCGCGCUGGGCAAGGAGGAGGGCGUGCGGAACGUGGAGAUCAACUUCACCGACAAUGUGCUGUGUGGCAGCUUCAUCAAGAACGAAAUCCCCAUCAACUUCUGGGCCUACUUCCCUGACGGCGCACUUGAUGGCGCGCGUGGCUUCUCCCUCACCUCGUACGGCAAUCCCCCCAGCACAGUGGAGCCCUUCAUCAUUGACGAGCGCAAAGUCACGCCUGAGCUGCUCGUCUUCUGGAUCACCAAGCGGCUCUUUGCCCAGAAGCUGCUCGCACUCAACUAG